AUCGCAUCGAUCACCAUUGGCCAACACGCAGCACAAACCGUGUGUGUAUUAGCUUUAGCCGUGCGGGGAUGAAUUUUCUAACGUCCACAUAAUCCAUAGUCCCAAGAAAAUGACAGACUACGCAGAGGAGCAAAGGAACGAACUUGAAGCCAUAGAGUCAAUCUACCCGGACUCGUUCACAGUGCUUUCAGAAGAUCCCACCAGCUUCACCAUCACUGUCACAUCAGACGCCGAUGAAAAUGGUGAACUGGUGGAGGCAACCCUGAAGUUCACAUAUGUAGAAAAAUACCCCGAUGAGCCUCCACUGUGGGAGAUCCACUCCCAGGAGAACCUGGAGGACAGUGAUGGGGAGGACAUCCUGGCUCUACUGCAACAACAGGCGGAAGAAAACCUGGGCAUGGUGAUGAUUUUCACCUUGGUGACAGCUGUUCAGGAAAAACUCAACGAAAUCGUGGAUUUGAUGAAAAAUAGACAAGAAGAGGAGAAGCGGCAGAAAGAGAUGGAAGCAGAGGAGGCAGAGAAGGUUGCGUUCCAGGGCACAGUGGUAACCAUUGAAAACUUCUUGGCAUGGAAGGCCACAUUUGAAAUGGAGAUGUCAGAACUGAGGAAGAAAAAACAAAAGGAGGAGGAACAGGCAGGAAAAACCAAACUCACCGGUAAACAGCUGUUUGAAACAGACCACAACCUGGACACAUCAGACAUUCAGUUCCUUGAAGACACUGGAAACAAUGUGGAAGUGGAUGAGUCGUUGUUCCAGGACAUCGAGGACUUGGACUUGGAUGAAGACGACCCGGACUUUGACCCGUUGGAGAUGGGCAGUGAUGAGGACUAAAGCAGGUGUGUGGACCUGAGGACUGACAAAACCGUGUUGCUCUUCUCUGGACACAUGAAGAAGAUCCAACAGCUGCAUUUAUUUUUUUUUUAAAGACUCUUACAGCAGUUGAAGAAAUCUUCAUUGUUCAAAGAAAAAACACCCACCUAUUUACACCUUUUGAGUGUUCAUUUCUGUGCCUGAAUGAUAACCGUCUGAUGUUGAGGACACCCUGGCAACCGGCUCCUUAUAUGGCCAGAAGAGGGCAGUAAAGUACCGAGCAUGAUCGUGGAAUGAAGGGAAAUUUUCAAUACCCUCAUAUAUUCAUAUUGUAAAACCACCAUACGAUUAAAUCCAUCUCUUAUUUAGACAUAAAGAAGUGUUGACAUCAAAAUUCAUCCUCAACUUUCAAUAUUAAAAGCUCUCACAGAA